AGUAGCUCCUCACACACCUUGCCCUCCAGACUCCUUACCAUCUUCGUAGCCCUCCUUUGGACACUCUCUAAUAGUUUUUUGUCUUACAGUGUGGCUCCCAAACCAGAACCCAGUGCUGGAGGUGAGGCCUCACAGCACAGAGCACAGAGAACAGCCCCUCCCCUCACCCCCUGGCAGUGCUGGGCCUGGGGCAUCCCGUGGCAUAGUUGGCCCUUUGGGCUGCCAUGGCACACUGCUGGCUCAUAUUUAACUUGCCAGAACACCCACAUCCCUUUUUACAAGGCUCUCUCCAGUCUCUUGCCUCCUGGUCUAUAUAUACAAAAUGCAUGUUCUAAAUACUCGAGCAGUUGAGUUCCUGUGCUUUUAUGCCAUGCUACUUUGAAGGAAUUUGCACUUCUUCUCACAUUGAGGUUCAAAAAUAUUAAAAAAAAAAAAAAAGAAAAGAAGGAAAGAAAAAAAAAGAAGGAAUUGUGCUUGAUGAUUACAGGCACUAUUAGCCAACUACUGCAGCCAUGUUUGCAGUUUCUCUGCAAAUCUCCCCGCACAUCAUAGGUGCGUGGCAGGGAUUUCAAGUGGGCAAACUGUCGCAGACCAGGAGGUGUUUGGUCCAUAUGCUUCAGCUGGGAGGUGGGAUGUCACUUGGCACUGUGAUGUCCCAGUUUUCUUUUCUCAAGGAUUAGGAAAAGUACAGAAACCAAAUGCUGAGGCAGACUCUGUGGGCAGAGCCCUGUUAAGGCCUGCUUACGUCAAGCCGAGAGUGGGGCGUUGGUGGCUGCAAGUCACAGCUCAGAGGGUGCCGAAGGCAGACGUAUUGUUUAAAACCUCAAUAACAUUAUCUGAAGGCUUUUGAAAUUAUGGCACCAAUGGAGAAAAAACUGCAUGUGCGGAUUUUGCUUUUGGACUGCUUACCUUUUUUGUUUGUUUGUUUGCUUUUCCUGCAACUAUUCAGUGAGAGUAGUGAUGUUCUCUGUUUUCCCCCUCCAGCUCUGCAGUGUGUCUCAGCCUCCUGCUGUGAGACCUGAGAAGGCAGCCAGGAUCACCUUAGCUGUUACAUCAGGAGAGGACAGCGCAGAGUACCGACCUCAGCUCCUGCUGUAGAAACAGAGUGGAAAAUCAGGUAACAGAAUUAUGGCUUCACACUUCAGUGUAUGAAAAGCAGCCUCUAUGAAAAGACUGGAAAACUCUGUGUCUUUGUACUGAAGUUUUCUUGCUUAAAACCCUGACAGAAUGAUAUUUCUCCCAAUCACUUGAGGUAAAGUAAAAUGCACAUUAUGCAAUGUGGAGUUACCCUUUCGAAACAGCAGUAUGGGGACAAAGUCAUCGGUCUGGGCUAGGACAGAAUCGCUUACACAAGAUAAACAAGGGCGGACUGCUGCCAUUCUUCCCUUCCCCUUUAUCUUUAAACCUUAACCUUAAAUUACAAAUCAGAGGUUGACACAGUGCUGUGCAUCUGCAACUACUGAAGGCUGCUAAAUUUUAAUAGAUCUUACUUCAGUGAUGAUGAAGGUUUGAAAGUUUCUCUAGCUCACAGAAAUGCUUCCAAGCUUUUAAAGUUCAAAUGCAAAUAUUUUAACGUAUUACUAAGGAUGUUUUCAAAUUAAAUAAUUAGUUCUGUUUACGUGGUGUUUCAUUAUCAACAAAAAAAUGAUUUACUAGUUCUGUAUCUUUGUUUCUAAUCCAAGUAGAUAAGUAGAAAUAACUUCAUUUUCAAAAUCUUGUUAAAUUUUUGUGGGCACAAUGUUUCUUUAAACAUCAACUAUAACAACAGUAGCUUUCGGUCACAAUACUGGAGCCACCUCAAUAAUACUGGCAACAAGUCACUCACAAGUGCUUCAUCAGCAUGCAGAACAAGAGCACAGGGAUCAGAGCAAUGGAACAGGCUGGAAUACCAUUUUCCUUGGAUUUCCAAGGAAUAGAUUUCUGCAGCUUUCAUAGAAAAAAGAUGACUGCUCCAAAGUGGCAUUUUUGCUUGUACUUAGUAUCCAGCAGAACAAACUCAUCAAGGUGCUGAUGACUUCAGACAAAGCAGAUAAUGUCCCAGGACUGGUUUAUCCAGAUGGGGAAAGUAUUGUAGAGAUCAGUGAAUAGCAUGAUAGAUGCAUGUCUGGUUUUCAAGGAGAGCACCUCAUCCAGGCCAGCUGUGUUGGAGGCCAUGCGCUGGCAGCUGUGUCCAUGGUGUUAGGUUUGGUUCUGAAGAUUGGGUGAGCUUAAUUACCAGCAUCUUGAGCCUUUGUUAAGAAAGUUUUGUUUGUUGUUUAUCUUUUUUUUCUUCUUUUUCUAAGUGUGAUUAAUCUCAGAGUCACUCCUAUUUAAGAUGAAGAAAAACUUAAGAUUCAGUGAAAUUUCAGAGGCACUUCAUUUGAUAGAUCCAAGCUGCUAAUUGAAUCAGUUAGAUAGGACAGUAAUGGUUAUCAUAGAGCUUCUUUGAUUAUGUUUUCCGUCUCCUGUCCAUGUUUUCCAUCUCUGGGUCUUACAAACAUGAGAACCUGCCCUGGUGCAGCACUGGGAGCUCCAACAGACAUGAGAAGAGCUCUUUGCCCAUAGCCUGCCUGUCAGUCUUGCCUUAGCUGUGCCCUUCAUCCCCUGUAAGUCGCUAGUCUCUCUGAGGCUGGGAAAAGUGAGCACCCACCUUUAGUUAACUGUCUCAUUUAUUUCCAUAGGAGCUUCAGGUCUCUCAAGAGAUUAACAUUUUUUGUAAGGUGAAACAGGAGAUAGGAAUGAGACUGGGCUUGUGGAAAUCUGUAGAGGUAAUAUAUUUUCUAUAAAAUAAAACUGUACCUCAAGGCAGAAAGACAGCUAGAAUUAUGUUGUGUCCUUCUUUAACAGAAUGAUACUAUCUCCUUCUUUAGCAGCAGUCAGGCUGGGGUGCAGAAGGAGAGUCUGUAUAUGGUUGCUGUUUAGUUUUUUCCUUUUCCAUUUUGCAUAACUCCAUAGAAUGCUGGAAACAGACCUCUGCUGACUUUUGAUUAUUAUGAAACAGAGCAGUCCUGGAAAGAAACUGGGGUCUGAAAACACAUCAGGGCAAUGGGCAAGUCAAUAAAUACAGUGUUGUUACCUGUCGCUGUGGCCUUCACAAGCUCACUAUUUGAACUGUUGUAUACAAGGGAGGGGCUGCCAGACCUUUCCAGUGGGAGCUUUCUGCAUUGUGAGAUGCUUUUACCUCUUGCAUCUUGAGGCUGUUCAGCUAAAGCAAGCUUGGAGAGACAUCAAGUGAAGACACGCAGGGCACUAUGUCACUGGCAUCCUGGUUCAGGUGGAAUGAGCCCCCAAAUCGGAUUUCCCAGAGGAACCCCACAGAGAUGGUGGUUGAGACGCUAAUGAUGGAGCUGAGCUGGCAGAUCAAGCAGGCAGAGAAGCAGCAGCGGGAGCGGGAGAAUGAGUAUCGCAAGAUCAAGACUGGGGUGGACUACGGCUGGCUGGUCAGCUACCCAAAGCAGAGCUAUGAUAUCAGCCCAGGAGAAAGGCUGCAGCUGGAGGAUAUGUGUACCAAAAUACAUCCCUCCUACUGUGGGCCUGUCAUACUCAGAUUCCGGCAACUCGUUGCUGAAUACGAACCAGAAGUGCAGGAAGUAUCUCGACUCUUCCGCUCUGUUCUGCAGGAAGCUGUUGAGAAGAUCAAAGAGGAGGAAGACGCCAAGAAGCUCGCCAAGCAAUGGAACACAAAGAACAAAACCAGCCUCUCCUUAACAACAUUUAAGUCCCGGUCCAAGAUUUCCCCAUUCAUCAGUGACAUCAAGACCAUCUCUGAGGAUGUAGAGCGGGGCACCCAGCCCACCAGAAGGGUUUGGAGCAUGCCAGAAUUCCGGAAUGCCAAGGAUUACUGACUCUGUACUGAACAAGGUUUUUAAACAGUGAUCUCUCCAAAUCCCAGUUAACCCUUUUUUUAGCUCUACCAUUUCUUCUUCGUUCCAGCUUUCUCUUACUGUCUGCCUCUCUCAGAAGCUGUGUCCAUAGUAACUGCUGCUGAUGCCCACGAUAUGUGACAAUUUAUUACCACACAUGCUAGCUUUUCCUUUAAUUUAGAAGUAAUCAGCAACUUUAGGGGCAAGGCUCACUUACUAUCCUAUUUUUUAUUACCUUUUUUUUUUUUUUCUUUCCUGGUGGAAAAUGAAUUAAUUUUGUGAUCUCUCUCUUCUUCUCCCUUUUCCCUCAGCCUGGAUGAAGUUACCUUCUAAAGCUAUUGGCCCAAGCUAGUGAGAACUGCUGCCUGAAUGCAAGAAGUUCCAUUUGCAUGAGAAAGGCUUUCAGGAUCAGGCCUGUGAGUUAGGGCUAGUCAGAACUGAACUUCUUUUUUCAACUAACAACCUUCCUCAGUGCUGCAGGAGAUGCAGGUAAACCCAGUGCUGCUCUUGAGUAGCAAUCCAGCUCAAGCAAAGCAGACUCAAACUUUCUGAGGUGGAAGACUAACAUAAUUCCACAGCAUGCUCAGGUUUCUUGGGUAUUUUCUCUCUUACGCAGGCAGAACCCCUGAACCUUGUGCUUGCAGAGCAGAUAGAAAUGUAACACUGUUGUGGGUGGAUACAUCAGUUCUGUGUCAAAAGCUCUUCUUGGUCCUGUGUUACUGAGGUAAGUGCUACACCCUGCAUCCCAGUAAUAAUUCACUGGGCUAAAAUUAAUGUUUAUGACUAAGUCUGAAAGAGUACUGAAAAAUAGUAUAAGUGAAGGGUGAAGGGAAUCAGCAUUCAUCUACAGCACUCUGUACAGCUCAGAAUUGAGUCUGUUUCAAUAAGCUGCUGUUGUGAAUGGCUGAAGGGCUCUGGUAGAUGAAGGUCCAUUCCCUCACUCUUCUCUCACGAGUGCUCAGAGGAGAGCUUUCCAGUAUUGCAGGAUGCUGGCCAGUGAGUGGACACUGUUACAGAAGAAUCUUUAAUGAAAACUGAAUUGCCUCUAGGCCAGCAUGGUUCUGCUGAGACCUUGAGUAAACAAGAAAACACCAGGGAGGAAAAGCAUCCACAGGGAAAACUCUCAUCAGGAAAAGAAAGAGAACAUCGUGCUGUAGAAAUCAUGGUUCCUGUAGAGAAGCCAAGGAGUAGGAAAAAUUCUGGGAUCUCCCCCUAUGACUGGCAUUUGGGAAUCAUCUCCACUGUGAUACAGCCUCCUGGAGAACGCUGCAUAGCUUUGUUGUUCUUUUGCCUGUUUCCAACUCUUUUCCCCAGGGAUUUUUGCAACAGCAUGUGAGUACUACAGCCAAAACAAAAUCCGUUGAAGCUAUGCCAACCCUGGGAACAAUUCCAGCACAUGAAAUUUAUCCUAGAGUAGAAAUGUGCAGUUUCUUCCAGAGUUGGGGGAUCACAGCAUUAAAAACAAAGAUCAAGAUCAAAUCCUUAACAGUUCUCUAGGACUGUGGAAUUGUGGCUCUUUCUCACUUUCCUCUGGGCUAGCUAAGACUAAACACAAGGCUGUAGCAUCUAGCCCCUUCGUAAACACUGCUGCAGAAGAUCACUUUUAAUUAAAAAAAAAAAAAUAUCUCAGGGCUUCCAAAUACACCACUCAGUUUAGGACUGGCUACUUCAGCUCCAGGUCAACAGGGGAGAGGUUCAAGCCUUCUGACAAUCAACUUGAUGUUUUUUUGGCUCUGUGUCCUUGUGAAGUGGUGUGACUGUGUGUAUGCAGUACAAUAAAAGCUUGACAUACUUAGCAUAGGCUUAAGUAUCUAGAAGUUUUGUGAUCCUAGCAAGAUGCUACCAUCUAAAAAAACCACUGUUUUGAAAAAAGUUAACCAUUUCUUAAAAAUAUUUGCAAGCCACUAUACUUGCUGGACUGAUGGCUGAAAUGGUCAUGAAUUUCAUGCUACAAUGCUGUAGUCAAUUUUUUGUACUCAAGUUUUAUUUUAAUGUCCUUGGUACUGACUGUUUUGAUGCAAUAUUUGAUAGUCUGCAGGGAGAGAAGGGACAGUCUGAUACUGACAUAAAAACUCUUUGCUACAGUACAGUGUCAGCAAUGUGCUCACUCUAUCCAAAGGAGAACCUGGAGCAACUAACUUCGCUGCACCAAUAUACAAAGCCAAUGAAAUCAGCUGAAGAGUGUUUGCAAUAUUAUCACAGCAUGCUGUGAUCAUACUGUAUCCUUCAUUAAUAACCUCCAGCUAGCAGAUACCAUUCUUGUUUUGCAGUCAGCAGAGGGAGACAAAUCUGACCUUUGCUCAAAGCCAUAUACAGAUGAGGGCCAGGCUGUGAUGGCACCUGUGACAGCUGUCAAGCUUCACUUUACCUGCCGUCUCUAAUUGCACAAUAAAAUGUAAUCCAAACUUUCAAACAGUACCACUUUCUCCCUGUACCUCUUCUGCAAGUUACACUGGGCUCACAGAACCAUCUGAUGAAGAAGAGGAUAUUCAGGUACCAAUCUGGCCAUCCAGUACUCUGAAAGGUGUAAAACAAGCACUAUGCUUGCCUGUAGCCAGCUGACUGCAACUUUUUGCACAGUGUAUGCACCAGCAGGUAGUGAAGCAGAGCUGGGGAGGUGCUUAGGAUAUUCAGUUGUUGCACUAUGCUUGUAACACUUGUUUUUCUUAGGAACUGUAGACUGAACUAAAUCAUUCUUUGGUCACUGCAUGCAGCAACAAGUAACUACUCAUUUUUGCAUUAUUCUUAAUUCCAUGUUUUGAGUGACUGAAUUAGAAUUUCAGAUUAAAUCAGGAGUGUGCAACUCCUGGUUGUCCCCUACCUACUGAGCUAUGGUUCACAUACCUGAGCAGGGGCAAACUAGAUUGCUUUUGGAUUAAGCUAACCUAAAUGAUCUGUUGCAGCUGACUCUCAGGUUUGCAUACCUUGAAACAGGACUAAGAAAACCUCCUAACACUUGUAUAGUGUGAACAUUAACCCCUUACUGACAAGUGUACCGCUCUACAGCUCUGCUUCUCCUGGACUGCAUUGCCUACUAGUGUAGAAAAGCAUUCCUACACAACUUAGAUGAGACUGUACUAUCUUAGCCACUCUAGAGAGAGUCCAGUGAUUUAAUUCCUAAAGAAAAAUGAGAAGUGAAAUAGCAGCACAAUGCCAGUAACAAACAACUAAGUAAACUGAACAAGGAUAAUUCCAAAUCCUCAUUCUUUCAAAACUGAACAAAGACUUUGGUGUCAGCCUAGAGCAUCACUGUUGCCCAAUCAGUGGUAGUGUUACGCUGUCCAAAGGACAUUGUUACACCCAGGAAAAAGCAAUCAGGGACUUUUAUCACACAUGCCAACACAUAAUGGCAACACCACUACAGCAGCUCAGGUGCACAGCUCAGCUUCAAGAGGCUGAAACACUUUUCAGAGCCACUACUCACCUAAGAAAGAAAAUGCAGCUCUGCUCCUACAGCCUAGACUGGCCCACAGGUUGUGGUGGCCAGCAAAAAUGUGCAGGAGGAAACUCUUCAGCUCUAUCAGCAUAUAGCUCAGACAGCUGUCACACCUUGCAGAACUGGAGUAUGCUUCACAGGAAAUACCUGUCUACUGAGAUUGCACUGUUUAUGUAUUUCAUCAUGGAACCUUAGAAAAUUAAAGCAAAGCUAUGAACUAUAAAACAAA